AGAAGCCAUUUUAGCUACACAAGGCACUGCUUUCCCUUCAAGCAAGUAGCACAGGCAAGCUGACAGUUAACCAUCUGCUUACAUCUCUACCAGGCUGGCUUACAGGUGCCAUGGUGACACUGAAUCACUUGAGUGUAGAGGCCCCAGACGACGGCUCUCCACUCCUGCCCGAGGCUACAGAGGCUGCAACACCAACACCAACACCUUUCUUUCACCGGCAGCAAGUCAUCGCAAAGACUGACUCCAGGGAUUUUGUUCUUGGCAGGAGUGAAAACCUUGCCUUCAGUCUGCUGCUUCUCAUUGGAUGCUACUCGGCUAUUCUGAUUCCUGCAUAUCUCCCAUUGGAUAAAGUGGCAGCUCUCAGUGAUGGCAGCCAACUUCCUGAAGAUAUGGUUUUACUAAAUCAGUCAGCCUCCCUGCUUUCAGGCCCCUGUCAGCCUCGCUGGUGUCUAAACCACCUCAAGCCCUUGUCAUGUUCUGCAGGCCUCCUAGAAAUCCCUGUGUUUGUGCAGCAGGGCAGGCCUGUGCCCUGGGAUCUGUCCCCUCCUCUGGGGCUCCAGGGAAGUGAGGAGCAUCUGGCCCUCGCUCUUGCGUCUCUGCCUCAGCCUGGCCUGCCUCCAUCACUGAGUAGUAAAGGCAAAUGCAGGAGAUGUGUGGUGGUGGGCAAUGGAGGGGUUCUACAUGGGAGCCGUCUUGGAUCCCAUAUAGAUCAGUAUGACAUCAUUAUCAGGCUGAAUAAUGCUCCAGUGUCUGGCUACGAGAAAGACACUGGCUCUCGCACCACCAUACGCCUGAUUUACCCAGAGGCAGCACCUCACUCCGCAAACGAGUACAAAAACACCACCAUGGUUGCUCUGGUGGUCUUUAAGAGCCUGGACCUGGACUGGCUCACUUCUGUCAUCACCAAACGGCCUCUGAGCUUCUGGUCCAAAAUAUGGUUCUGGAGGGCGGUGGUGGAUGAUAUUCCACUGGGACCAGAGAACUUCAGGAUCCUCCACCCGGAGAUUAUUCACAAGACAGGACUAGUUUUACAGAAAUAUGCUUUGAAACAGGGAAACAUGGUGCCAACACUGGGCGCCAGUGCGUUGGUGAUGGCUUUGCAGCUGUGUGACCAGGUGAGCCUGGCAGGUUUCGGCUAUGACAUGCAGCACCCAGAGGCCAGGCUUCACUACUACGAGUCCAUACACAUGGAAGCAAUGAAGGCUCAAGUGGUGCACAACGUUAAUGCUGAGAAACUCUUCUUAAGGGACCUGGUGGCUUCAGGAGCUGUGACGGACCUCACAGGAGCUCUAUGAGUCA